ACAUGCCGGUUAUAUCCUCCAGCUGAUAGGUCGUGGCUGUAGAAGCGUGUGACAUCAAUGCAGCUUUUUGUGUGAGAGCUGCACAGUUUUCCUGUGUGUGUGUGUGCAUGAAGUUUGGGACUGAUGGAAAGGGAGGUGAUUUUAUUAUGGCUGAAUGCCUGCUCUCGGGUUACACAGUCGUGAUGGAGUCUGGUGGAGCAGAUAGGAGCCGUGGACAUUUUCAGGACCUUAGGAGACAAGUCUCUAAUCCAUUGAUGAGCGACUUUAGUUCAGACUGGACUCUAAUACAUGAAGCAUCGAUACAUGGACGCCAGGUUGCCUUAAAUAAAUUGAUCAACCAGGGAUACAGUGUAAAUCUGACUACAGCGGAUCAGGUGACGCCUCUCCAUGAAGCCUGCCUCGGAGGUCAUCCUGGCUGUGUCACAAUACUGCUGAAACAUGGAGCUCAGGUCAAUAUUCCUAACAUUGACUGGAAAACGCCAAUAUUUAAUGCCUGUGUCAGUGGCAGUGUCUCUUGUGUGAAUCUGCUAUUACAGCAUGGAGCCAGCCCGCAUGCAGCAUGUGAUGUAGCAUCCCCAAUACAUGAGGCAUGUAAGAGAGGCCAUACAGAGUGUGUGGAGUCUCUUUCAAAUGCUGGAGUCAGUAUACAGCAACAUAUAAGGCACCUGGGUUCUCCGCUGUAUGUUGCCUGUGAGAAUGAUAAGAUGGACACAGCUAAACGACUGCUUGAACUGGGUGCGAGUGCAAAUGCUGGCAAAGAUCUGGACUCACCAUUACAUGCUGCUGCAAGAACUGGCAAUGCUGAACUGGUGAACAUGCUCAUUGACUAUGGAGGAAGCACACAGUCUAAGGACGCAGAUGGAAAACGACCUGCAGAAAUGGUACCAUCUCAUGCCGUAUUGCACCAGCUCUUUCUAAAAAGAGAAGGGCCACUGCCUUUGAAGCAGAUAUGUCGUCUCUGUAUAAGGAAUUGCUGUGGACAAAAACAACAACAAAAAAUUUGUCAACUUCUGCUUCCAGAUACUUUAAAGCAAUAUUUAUUAUAUAGAUAAAAUAGUAUCUAUAUUUAUUGUUUGUUUUUACUGCAUAGAUUGUAUAACAAGAAAUAUGUCCUGGAAAUAACUUGAUCAAUUUUUAAUACAAUUAUUGUAUGUUAAAUAUACUUUGAAAAGAA